GAAGAGAAGCUGAGGCUUCGCUGUGAUGCUGGAGCAGCGCUGAGAGCAGAGGGAUGCGCAACUGAAACCUGAAAUCUCCUGACUCAAUACUGAGGGGAGAAGCUUGAGAGAAAACACAUCCGAGCGCUUUAUCAGAAGAAUAAAUGAUGCAAGUCAGCGGUUUCCUCUCGACAACAGAAUAGAAACAACUUGCACUCCAUCAGAACAUUAUCGAAGAGUUAGAAUCGAGUCCAAGGAGAAGAGCUCGUGGUUUGCUUUCAGAUCCACUUCGGGGAAUAAACUACCUGAAACUGACUGUCUGACUGUCUGCAGAACAAGAUGCCUGUGAUGAAGGGCCUCCUCGCUCCACAAAACACCUUCUUGGACACCAUUGCAAAUCACUUUGAUGGGACUCACAGUAACUUCCUCCUUGGAAAUGCUCAGGGCCGCCAUGGCUACCCCAUCGUUUACUGCUCCGACGGGUUUUGUGAGCUGACUGGUUUUGUUCGGACUGAGGUGAUGCAGAAAACUUGCACCUGCAGCUUCCUCCAUGGAGCCGAGACCAAUGAGAGUGUAAUCCAACAGCUGGAUAAAGCUCUGGAGGGCCAGCAGGAGUACCAGGGAGAAGUCUGCUUUUAUAGAAAAAAUGGAAAUCCAUUUUGCUGCCUCCUGGAUAUUGUGCCAAUUAAAAACGAGAAAGGGGAGGUCGUGCUGUUCCUCUUGUCCUUCAAAGAUGUCAGUGAAUCAUAUGUGAGAAGUCAUCACUACAGCCAAGGAGACGGUCUGUCUGAGGCUGCUCACCGCAGCAGAAAAAGCAAUCGAUCGCAUUUUUCCCAAGCUCGAGAGGGGGGAAGGACUAUACUGCACCAACUUACCAACCUGUUCACCAAGAGGGGCAAGAGGAAACUGGCAAAUAGUGUGUUUCAAAAACCGUCUCUACCUGAGUACAAGGUGGCAGCUGUCAAGAAGUCACGUUUCAUCCUGCUGCACUACAGCAUCUCCAAGGCCUUGUGGGAUUGGCUCAUUCUACUGGCGACCUUCUACGUUGCUGUGGCUGUGCCUUAUGACAUCUGCUUUGUCAGUAGUGAUGAGGGAAGCGACCAUCACUCACUGUUCAGCAGCACCACUAUAGUCAGCGACAUCGCAGUGGAGAUGCUCUUCAUACUUGAUAUUAUCCUGAAUUUCCGCACCACCUAUGUGAGUCAGUCAGGUCAGGUGGUGUACGACGCCCGCUCCAUCUACGUCCAUUACUGCACCACAUGGUUCUUUGUGGAUCUGAUCGCAGCGUUGCCCUUUGACCUCCUUUAUGCUUUUAACAUCACAGUGACCUCGCUGGUGCACUUGUUGAAGACGGUUCGUCUCUUGCGUCUCCUGCGCCUGUUACAGAAACUGGACCGCUAUUCCCAGUACAGCGCUGUGGUCCUGACCCUGCUCAUGUCUGUGUUCGCUCUGCUCGCUCACUGGAUGGCUUGUGUCUGGUAUGUCAUCGGGCGAAAAGAGAUAGAAAGCAGUGACCCCGUUACCUGGGACAUAGGCUGGCUUCAGGAGUUAGGAAAGCGCCUGGAGACGCCGUACGUCAACCGCACCAUGGGUGGUCCCUCCAUCCCCAGCGCCUACAUCGCCUCUCUCUACUUCACUCUCAGUAGUCUCACCAGUGUUGGUUUUGGCAACGUGUGCGCCAAUACAGACGCCGAGAAAAUCUUCUCCAUCUGCAUCAUGCUCAUGGGUGCCCUGAUGCACGCGGUGGUCUUUGGCAACGUGACAGCCAUCAUCCAGCGCAUGUACUCACGGCGCUCCCUCUACCACACCAGGAUGAAGGAUCUCAAAGACUUCAUCCGUGUGCAUCGGCUGCCUCAGCUGCUGAAGCAGAGGAUGCUGGAGUAUUUUCAGGCCACCUGGUCUGUCAACAAUGGAAUCAAUGCCAAUGAGCUGCUGCAUGACUUCCCAGAUGAAUUGCGAGCCGACAUUGCCAUGCACCUGAACAAAGACAUCCUGCAGCUGCCUGUGUUUGAGCGAGCCAGCAGAGGGUGUCUGCGCUCCGUCUCCCUACACAUCAAGACCUCUUUCUGUGCACCUGGGGAAUACCUUAUACGGCACGGAGAUGCCCUGCAGGCCAACUAUUUUGUCUGCUCGGGCUCCCUGGAAGUUCUGAAAGAUGGCAUGGUCCUGGCCAUCCUGGGCAAAGGUGAUCUUAUUGGGGCUGAUCUGCCUGAAGAUGAACAGGUGAUCAAGACCAAUGCAGAUGUGAAGGCCCUGACCUACUGUGACUUGCAGUACAUCAGUGUUCGGGCUUUGAGGGAAGUCCUUGGACUGUAUCCAGAGUACGGCAAACGGUUCAGCUCUGACAUCCACCAAAACCUCACCUACAACCUGAGAGAGGGCAGUGAAGCUGACGGAGUGACAAAGCAUCCAUGGUCUUCCAGGCUGUCUCAGGGUGAUGCUUCUAUGGACUGUAAAGUACCUCACAUUGUUGAGGCGGAAGACACAGAACGUGGAGAAGACACACGCCACUCUCAGCAGAGGAGAAUGCCACUGUUACACGGAAUAGGCAGCCCAGUUCGUCAGCCCCGCCUCAGCACACUGUUAGGAGAGGAGCUCUACCACAUCAAUGCACUCCGCAUCUGUCGCUCACCUGUUCAGGGCUGUAGAGGCCGCAGCCCCUCUCCUCAGCCAUACGCCAAUCAGGAGCUCUCUCACUCUUCUUUGCCCAGUCAUAUGAGUGACCCCAGUUUGAACUGUCGGCCUGCCAAUCUACUCAUGCCGUCCUUGCCGUGUGUUACCCCACUGAACCUAAGCCCCAGGGUCGUGGAUGGAAUUGAGGACAAUGGUCACACAUUUCAAUUUAAUGUAGAGCAACGCGAGACAAAGACUAAUGUAACAGACCAGUUCCAGGUCAGUGCUAACUUGCUUCUGGAGACGGAGGAAGUGAGGCAGAACAUGAGCAAACUAAAUAAAGAGGUGAACAACUUGAACCAAGAAGUAUCCAACCUGGCCAAAGAGCUCCACGACAUAAUGCAUUUCCUACAGUCUCAUAUGGCCAUGCUGCAUAACCCUCCAGUCUCCUAUGGCAUACAGAUGGCUCCUAGUCCUAGUGUGACUGCAUCCAGCAGCUGGCAGCCCCAUGUCCCUUUAAAUAUUGCCACCGGUCUGCACCUCCAUCAUGAAGCAAUCAGCCACCCUGCCAGGAGUGUGUGGGGCUGCAGUGGGAUGCCCUCCCAGGACAGGAAUCCCACCUUGCUGCACUCUUCAAACCCUGCAGCAUCCUGCUCACAUCUGUGCUGCUCUGACAGAGAAGGGCCUACAGCCCAUAGGUUACAGAGCCAGUGUAGCCCUUUCCAGACCUCCAGAACCACCCCAAACUCUCCCUACAUGACCCACUCGCAUGCCCGGGGAGGUCCAUCCCUCCUGGGCCUCAGUUCAGGCUUCGGUAGCUUCCCAGGGGGUUUUCAGGCCCCACAGGUGCCAUACAACGCCUCUAUUCCCACAAUGAGCAACUCUCACCCUCUAUGCUCCCCUGUAAAUUCUGGUUACACCCAUCAACCUCUGACUGUUCAAACAAACUCUGAUCUAACACAUAAUCCCACCAACUCCCAGACACCCAUCCAUUCCUCCAUCACAUACACGGGCCAGCCGCUGUAUCACACCACCUUUAGCUCUCUCACCCCUUCAGCAGUCCAUACUUCAACAUGCACAGAGUACAACCAGGGCCAACAGGGCUCUAUCAGUGGCCCCAGGCAAAAUGACCUAGUAGGAUCCAGUCCUAUCCAUCACAUAGAGGACCCUGCAUGCUCUCUGCUCAGGCAGGUAGACAAAGACUGUGGAGCUACACUGUAUCAGGAGAGGACAGACAGUAUUGAAUCUCAUGAUCAGAGUGGCAGCACUCCAACUGUAGUUCAACCACCUCUCUUGGAUGUGGAGGGAAUACAAAGCCCAUUCUGAAGACCUCAUUUUGUUGUGUUAUUGUAUGAUAAUAACUUCAUUGUUAAAGACUUGAUGUAAACGUUCCAUAAUGCUCUCUUCUCAAAUGCACGGACAACCACCCAAAAAACCCUGCUACAACUGAAUAAAACAUUUUG